UUUUAUAGAAGUUAUUCAUCGUAUUAAAUCAUCAUGGAAACGCCGGAAGUUCAUAUCGACGUGAGCGGUGAAAUGGAGACACCAAAGCAGGAUACCAAGGCCGGUUUUAAUUUAUCUUCGUUUUCCAACAUCUCCACCCGUAUUCCGAGCCCGUGGGAGCUGCUGCGAUUAAGCCGGCAAAACAUCCGUCCUUGGUCGGAAUUUCUACAGACAUCCAACUUCAAAACUGUGGCCAACGUUUCCCGGUUGACGAAUCGCAUCAUACGCAAUUUGGCCUACUUCCAAAGCAACUAUCUGUUUGUGUUUCUUGGGUUGAUCGUUUACUGUCUAUUGACCUCUCCGCUCAUACUGAUAGUGCUGGGAGCUGUGUUUUAUGCUUGCUACAAAAUUAAGCAGAACAGCACGCCUGUAGCCUUCUUCAGCAAGCAGUUGAAUACGAACCAGCAGUGCAUUGCUGUUGGUGUUGCAUCAGUUCCGGUGCUCUACCUAGCCGGAGCAGGUGCUGUAAUGUUCUGGGUGCUGGGUGCCUCCUUUUUUGUGAUAUCACUUCAUGCGGCCUUCUAUAACAUCGAUGCAAUUGUUACCGAGGACAUGGAAACUUUCCUCACCGAAACGGUUUGAAAGGUAUACAU